AUGGAGUCUCUGCCUCUUCAUCACCGCACAGUACACAAAUGGUCCGCCAUAAUCAACAGAUCAAACACACUUCUUCAGUGCACUGCACUAAUCGCCAUCAUCUACUACAGGGUUUCUUCAUUUCUCUAUCGUACAGACAGUACUCUCUCACUACCCACUCUCCCAUGGCUUCUGGUCUUUGCUUCCGAACUCUUUCUCUUCUUCCUCUCUCUCCUCCAAUCAGCUUUUGGGUGGAGACCCGUCUCACGGACUGUCUACCCGGAGAGAUUACCGGCCGAUGAAGAACUUCCGGCGGUCGAUGUUUUUAUAUGCACUGCAGACCCAAAGAAGGAGCCUCCUGUGGGGGUGAUGAACACAGUUUUAUCGGCCAUGGCUCUGGAUUAUCCGACGGAAAAGUUGUCGGUUUAUCUUUCCGACGAUGGUGGUUCUUCUGUGGUGUUGAAAGCUACUCGUGAGGCUUGGGGUUUCGCAAAGUUUUGGGUACCUUUUUGCAGAAAGUAUAAGAUCAAGAGUAGGUGUCCAGAGGCUUACUUUGCUGGGUUAGGUGGUGAUGAUGGUGAUAACAGUGACUUUGGAGAAGAAAGAAGGACUAUUGAGAGGAAGUAUGAGCAAUUUAAGGAGCGCCUAAGCAGAGCUGCAGAAAAUGGUGAGAUUGAAGAUACAAGUAUCAAGAGUGGUCACCCUCCAGUUGUUCAGGGUGUUAACAUGGGCUGCACAAAGUUGGAGAGGUGA